AUGAGGCGUAACAAGAAGGAACGAAGAGAUGGACCACUCAAACAAGAAGAACUAAUCGAAGCUGAAUGUUAUCUGUUUCGCGUAGCGCAGGCAUCAACCUACAUCGACGAAAUCGCCAUCCUCUCCAGAAACUCAAAUGAAAGCACUCCUAACAAGUCAAUACCUAGAGGCAGCCAGCUUUACCAACAGUGCGCAUUCCUAGACACUAACAGUGUGCUAAGAGUUCGUGGUAGAACACAAACCUGUCCUUUUAUCGCCAGCGACGCCGCUCAACCGAUAAUCCUUCCGCGAAACCAUCCAGUCACCCAACUCAUCAUUUUCGACAACCACAAGCGGUUCAACCAUCAAAAUCAUGAAACAACAAUAAAUGAGAUACGGCAGCGCUUUCGUGUUUUCAGACUUAAAGCCAUAUACAACAAUAUCCGCAAAGAAUGUCAAGAAUGUAAAAACACUCGUGCCUUACCUCAACCGCCAGCAAUGAGCGACUUACCUCCACAACGACUCGCUGCAUUUACUAGACCGUUUACAUACAUGGGGUUGGACUAUUUCGGUCCCAUGACUGUAAGCAUCGGAAGGCGAACCGAAAAACGGUGGGGGGUCCUUGCCACUUGCCUUACAACUCGCGCUAUCCACCUAGAAAUAGCUCACACACUGACGACCGAUUCGUGCAUCCUAGCGAUACGCAAUAUUAUGGCUAGAAGAGGCGUGCCAGCCACUAUCUUCAGCGACAGAGGCACGAACUUUCAGGGAAGUAACAAAGAAUUACGAGAAGCUUUGAGAACCGUGAACCAAGAGCAACUUGUAAAAGAAUUCACGACACCAGACACAGAAUGGACCUUCAUCCCACCGGCUUCACCACACAUGGGGGGCGCAUGGGAGCGCUUAAUCCGUAGCGUUAAGUCUAACCUCUGUAAACUGCAAUGGAGAAGGCUUCCGACUGACGAAGUACUUAAUAGCACGCUCCUGGAGAUAGAAAACGUGAUCAACUCACGGCCACUGACAAACAUCCCUUUGGAAGACGACGAAUCACCGGUUUUAACACCUAACCAUUCUUGCUGGGAUCAUCAAACGGACUUAAGGCAUGGGUACCGUAUGACGACAAUCCUGUGGUACUUCGAAAUAGCUGGAAACAGUCACAACUGA